CUCUCUCCAUUUAUUUUUGUCGGGCACAUCUGUCAACGACUGUGUUACCUCUCUGUCCACUAAUCUAUAUCCAUCAAUACACCUGUAUGCACAUAUCCAUUUAUAGCUAGAAGCAGGAACAUCUGUCGUGCAAAUUAUAGGGUUUCACUCACUGUCCACAUCUACUUCGUUACUCAAUCGUUCUUUUGUUCAGAUCUGUGAGUUCUUCAUCUGCAUUGAUGUAAUCAUUGGAUCUGAUUUAAUUCGAAUGAUUGUCGGGUCAAUUAGAUGAUUGUUUGGCAAUAUAUUGGGGUUUGGAUAAGGACAAGACUUAAGGUAUUACUCCUAGUGCUGAAAUUGGCACGAAACAGUUGAGCUAAUUAUUACAAGUUGGCCUCGUUAUGAGAUCCUUGUUUUGAAAUAUAAACACUAAAUUUGGAGUGGAGAUUUCCAUCUGAAGAAUAUAAUAGCUGGAUAAAAAUGAGGGGAAGAUCAGAUGGAGGACAAAAGAAGCGCAUGAUCACAUCUGUAUGUAUUGUAGGUGGCUUUCUUGUUUUCCUGUAUGUAUAUUUUGGCUCUCACAGCCAAGGUGAAUCGGCUUUAGAGUAUGGUAGUCGAUCAUUGAGGAAACUUGGGUCUUCUUAUUUGGGCGGGGAUGAAGAUGCUGAUCUUGGCGGUAAGCAAGAAGAAUCUACAACCAAGUUUGGGCUGGAAGAUGGAGAAGAUGGUAUCAUUCCAAAGAGCUUCCCUGUUUGUGAUGAUCGGCAUUCGGAAUUGAUUCCCUGCCUAGACAGGAAUCUCAUAUACCAAAUGCGAUUGAAGCUGGAUCUUGCUUUGAUGGAGCACUACGAAAGACAUUGCCCUCCGGCUGAAAGGCGAUUCAAUUGCUUGAUUCCUCCUCCAUCAGGGUACAAGAUUCCAAUCAAAUGGCCCAGUAGUCGGGAUACAGUCUGGAAAGCAAAUAUCCCACAUACUCACCUUGCUCAUGAGAAGUCUGACCAGAAUUGGAUGGUUGUCAAAGGUGAGAAGAUUGUCUUUCCUGGGGGAGGCACUCAUUUCCACUCUGGAGCAGAUAAGUACAUCGCUUCACUUGCAGAUAUGCUCAACUUUUCAAACAGUAAUUUAAACAAUGGGGGAAAGUUAAGAACAGUUCUUGAUGUUGGGUGUGGAGUUGCAAGUUUUGGAGCUUAUCUUCUUUCAUCGGAUAUCAUUACGAUGUCCUUAGCUCCUAACGAUGUGCAUCAAAAUCAGAUCCAAUUCGCCCUAGAGAGAGGAAUUCCUGCAUAUCUUGGGGUCCUGGGAACUAAGAGGCUUCCUUAUCCAAGUAGAUCUUUUGAACUUGCUCAUUGUUCUCGUUGUAGGAUUGAUUGGCUUCAAAGGGACGGGAUCCUUCUUCUUGAGUUAGACAGGGUGCUCAGACCAGGAGGCUACUUUGCCUACUCAUCUCCUGAAGCAUAUGCGCAGGAUGAAGAGGAUCUCAGAAUAUGGAGAGAGAUGAGCGCACUAGUCGAACGAAUGUGUUGGAAAAUAGCUGCCAAAAAGAACCAAACUGUCAUUUGGGUCAAACCCUUAUCGAAUGACUGUUACCUGGAAAGAGAACCUGGUACGCAACCUCCUCUUUGCCGUGCUGAUGAUGAUCCAGAUGCAGUUUGGGGUGUGUCAAUGGAACCAUGCAUCACAACGUAUUCUGAUCAUGACCACAGAACAGGGGGAAGCGGACUGGCACCUUGGCCACGUCGAUUAACUGCGCCACCUCCUCGUCUCGCUGAUUUUGGGUAUUCAAAUGAUAUGUUUGAAAAGGACACGGAAUUGUGGCGACGAAGGGUUGAGAGUUACUGGAAUCUGUUGAGUCCAAAGAUUGCAUCAGACAGUCUGAGGAAUAUAAUGGACAUGAAGGCAAAUCUGGGGUCAUUUGGAGCUGCCCUGAAGGAAAAGGAUGUGUGGGUGAUGAAUGUCGUCCCUGAGGAUGGACCCAACACACUCAAGCUAGUGUAUGAUAGGGGCCUCAUUGGCACAGUUCAUAGCUGGUGUGAAGCCUUCUCAACAUACCCUCGGACAUACGAUCUACUUCAUGCUUGGACUGUGUUUUCAGACAUCGAGAAGAAAGGGUGUAGUGCCGAGGAUCUGCUACUUGAGAUGGAUCGCUUGCUCAGGCCCACUGGAUUCAUUAUAAUCCGAGAUAGAAAACCGGUGAUCGAAUUCGUAAAGAAGUACUUACAAGCAUUGCAUUGGGAAGCCGUGGCAACAGCUGACGACUCUUCGGAUUCCGACCAGGACGGGGAUGAUCUUGUCCUUGUGAUCCAGAAGAAACUAUGGCUGACAAGUGAUAGCCUCAGGGAAUCGGAGUAAGAAAAUGGAAAACGGAGUCUCUUCGACGAUUCACUUUUCUUGUUAUCUCAUGCCCUUAGGGUUCAAGAACCAUGUCCUGAGGGGUGUAAUAGGGUAAAAUUCUUUUCAUCUUUAUAGCUUUGGAUGUUGUUUACUGCUCUCUUCCCUUUUGUCUACUGCUCUUAUUUUGAUGCAGUAGUUGAUACCAUAGACUACCUGCAUUUAUAGGUUCUAUUCAUUUUUGGUCCUCCCUUAAUUAACCUGUUGGGUGUUAUUGGGAGCUACUUCAGCCAAUUAUUAAUAAUAAUGUAAAACACGAAAUAUGUUGGCUCAAUGUGUAUCAGUAAUGUGGCUUCCAAAUUUAUUUAUAUAAAUUUCGUUAUUUUGUUUA